UGUACUGAAUUUUACUUGAUUAAAUUGGUAAUUAUUGCUAAUUGUGAUGUAUAGGCGUAAAGAUCUGACUUUUUGGUUCAAUAUUGAUCGGUGUUUGAUGUGCAGAGUGUUGGGGUUUGAUUUGGACUGGGAAAGGAGUUUGUAUUGUUUGAGCUGUCACUGUAGCAUUUGUACUUUUGUGAACAGUGUUUACUUGUUUGUGAAGAGAGAGUGGGUGUGUGUGUCUGUUGAUGGACAACUAGGGAUUGGAUGCUGAGGAGCUGAGGUUGUGAUGCUACUCAGGCAGAACUGCUGGGUUUUGCAGUAAUUGGAAGGAAGGGAGUUCUUCGACAUUUGCAUUGGUGGUGAGGUGGCCAAGGAGAAUUCUAAAAGUGGUGUAUGGUGCAAAUGUCAAAGUCUCCCUCCCCUCAACCGCGAGAACCCAUAUCUCCUUCUACUUCUCGCUCUAGGGAUGGAACAGCAAUGGAUGAUGAAGAAGGUACAAUGGCAAGAGUUGCUCAAUUUGUCGAGCAACUACAUGCCAGCAUUUCUUCACCACAUGAAAAAGAACUUAUUACAGCACGUUUGCUUGGUAUUGCCAAAGCAAGAAAGGAUGCAAGAACAAUUAUUGGUUCGCAUUCCCAGGCAAUGCCAUUGUUCAUAAACAUUCUCAGGAGUGGCACCCCUGUGGCAAAAGUUAAUGUGGCUGCAACUCUGAGUGCCCUGUGUAAAGAUGAAGACUUGCGUCUUAAAGUACUACUAGGCGGGUGCAUCCCCCCGUUACUCUCACUUUUGAAGUCUGAAUCAACUGAGGCUAGGAAGGCUGCAGCGGAAGCUAUAUAUGAAGUUUCCUCUGGUGGGCUUUCAGAUGAUCAUGUUGGCAUGAAAAUAUUUAUUACAGAAGGCGUAGUGCCAAACUUAUGGAAUCAACUCAAUCCAAAGAGCAAGCAAGACAAAGUGGUAGAGGGAUUUGUGACAGGAGCUUUGAGAAAUCUUUGUGGUGACAAGGAUGGCUACUGGAGAGCAACGCUUGAGGCUGGUGGAGUAGAUAUCAUUGUGGGUCUUCUGUCUUCCGACAAUGCUGCUGCCCAGUCAAAUGCUGCCUCCCUUUUGGCCCGUCUCAUGUUGGCUUUCAGUGAUAGCAUCCCGAAAGUAAUAGAUUCUGGAGCUGUCAAAGCUUUGCUUCGGCUUGUGGGUCAGGAAAAUGAUGUUUCCGUCCGUGCUAGUGCUGCUGAUGCUUUGGAAGUGCUUUCUUCAAAGUCAACUGGGGCUAAGAAAGCUAUUGUGAAUGCUGAUGGCGUUCCAGUUCUCAUUGGGGCAAUAGUUGCUCCAUCUAAAGAGUGCAUGCAAGGUGAGUGUGGGCAGGCUCUGCAGGACCAUGCAACACGGGCUUUAGCAAAUAUUUGUGGUGGGAUGUCUUCUUUAAUAUUAUAUCUUGGAGAACUUUCACAGUCACCUCGGCUAACUUCCCCGGUUGCCGACAUUAUCGGAGCUCUUGCAUACACGCUGAUGGUCUUUGGGCAUAAAUCUGGUGCCAAUGAGGAAUCUGUUAAUGUAACAAAUAUAGAGGAUAUUCUUGUAAUGUUGCUAAAGCCUCGUGACAAUAAGCUUGUUCAAGAUCGUGUCCUUGAGGCCAUGGCUAGUCUAUAUGGCAACAACCAUCUUUCCAGUUGGCUCAAUCAUGCACAAGCGAAGAAGGUGCUCAUUGGACUCAUAACAAUGGCUGCUGCUGAUGUGCAAGAGUAUUUAAUACUCUCCUUGACAAGCUUAUGUUGCGAUGGUGUUGGAAUCUGGGACUCCAUUGGCAAGAGAGAAGGAAUUCAGUUACUUAUUUCACUGAUGGGAUUAUCCAGUGAGCAGCAUCAAGAAUAUGCUGUUCAGUUUCUGGCAAUCUUAACGGACCAAGUCGAUGAUAGCAAGUGGGCUAUUACUGCUGCCGGCGGGAUUCCUCCUCUGGUGCAGCUGUUAGAGACGGGAUCUCAGAAGGCGAAGGAGGAUGCCGCUCAUGUGUUGUGGAAUUUGUGUUGUCACAGUGAAGAUAUUCGUGCAUGUGUGGAAAGUGCAGGAGCCAUCCCAGCAUUUUUAUGGCUUUUAAAAAGUGGUGGGUCAAGGGGACAAGAAGCAUCAGCUAUGGCACUAACAAAGCUUGUCCGAACAGCUGAUUCUGCCACCAUUAAUCAGUUGUUAGCUUUGCUCCUCGGUGACUCUCCAAGCUCAAAGGCCUAUACUAUCAGGGUGUUGGGUCAUGUACUCAUAAUGGCAUCACAUGAGGAUCUUAAUGAAGAAACUCAACAGUAUGCUGCUUCGGUCCUAGCUGAUCUAUUCAGCACAAGACAAGAUAUUUGUGAUAUUCUUGCAACUGAUGAGAUUGUGCAUCCUUGCAUGAAGCUUUUGACCAGCACCACACAAGUUGUUGCAACACAGUCAGCUCGAGCAUUGGGUGCUCUUUCCCGUCCUUUGAAGACCAAAACAAGAAGCAAGAUGUCUUAUAUUGCAGAAGGUGAUGUCAAGCCCCUCAUCAAACUGGCUAAAACUUCUUCCAUUGAUGCUGCUGAAACUGCAGUUGCGGCACUUGCCAAUCUUCUCUCUGAUCCGCAUAUUGCUGCAGAAGCCCUGGCAGAAGAUGUUGUUUUAGCUUUGAUAAGAAUACUGGGAGAUGGAACUUCAGAAGGUAAGAAGAAUGCAUCCUGUGCCCUUCAUCAAUUGCUGAAGCAUUUUCCAGUAGGUGAUGUGCUCACAGGAAAUGCUCAGUGUCGUUUUGCUAUUCUUGCUCUUGUUGAUUCCUUGAAUGUAUUGGAUAUGGAUGGGACUGAUGCUGCGGAUGCUUUGGAAGUAGUCGCACUUUUGGCUAGAACCAAACAAGGUGUGAACUUCACUUACCCCCCAUGGUCUGCCCUUGCUGAAGUUCCAUCAAGCUUAGAACCUCUUGUCCGAUGCCUGGCUGAAGGGCCUCCUCCACUUCAGGAUAAGUCAAUAGAAAUUUUGUCUAGGCUUUGUGGGGAGCAACCAGUAGUGCUUGGUGAUCUAUUGAUUGCAAGAUCAAGAUCCCUUGGUUCACUAGCUAACAGGAUAAUGCACUCUUCGAGCCUAGAAGUCAGAGUUGGAGGAGCUGCAUUACUCAUUUGUUCAGCAAAAGAGCACAAACAGAAGUCAAUGGAAGUACUUGAUGUUGCAGGAUAUUUAAAACCGUUAACAUAUGCUUUAGUGGACAUGAUGAAGCGAAAUUCUAGCUGCUCCUCUUUAGAAAUUGAAGUCAGAACUCCAAGAGGUUUUAUUGAAAGAACUGCAUUCCAUGAAGGGGAUGAGUUUGAUGCCCCUGAUCCAGCCACUGUCUUGGGGGGUACUGUUGCCUUGUGGUUGCUAUGCAUAAUCGGUGCCUUUCAUGCAAGGAGCAAACUCACCAUUAUGGAAGCUGGUGGUCUUGAGGCUCUCUCUGACAAGCUUGCAGGUUACACUUCCAAUCCACAGGCAGAAUAUGAGGAUACAGAAGGUAUAUGGAUUAGUGCCCUGCUCCUGGCUGUUCUGUUCCAAGAUGCAAAUGUUGUUCUGUCUCCUGCAACAAUGCGCAUCAUUCCUUUACUUUCUCUUCUUUUGAGAUCGGAUGAGGUGAUUGAUAGGUUCUUUGCUGCGCAGUCAAUGGCCAGUCUUGUUUCUAAUGGUACUAAGGGAAUAAUUCUUGCCAUUGCAAAUUCAGGUGCUGUUGCUGGAUUGAUAACCCUAAUUGGUUACAUAGAGUCCGACAUGCCUAACCUUGUUACUUUAUCAGAAGAAUUUUCUCUGGUACGAAAUCCUGAUCAAGUUGUUUUGGAGUACCUUUUUGAUUUUGAAGAUGUAAGAGUUGGAUCCACAGCACGUAAAUCUAUACCUCUCCUGGUGGAUCUCUUGAGACCAAUGGCAGAACGUCCUGGUGCCCCUCCAAUUUCUGUUAAACUCUUGACCCGUAUUGCCGAUGGAAGUGACACAAAUAAAUUAAUUAUGGCUGAAGCUGGAGCUCUGGAUGCUCUGGCAAAAUACCUGUCUUUGAGCCCUCAAGACUCCACCGAAGCCACAAUAACUGAAUUAUUCAGAAUAUUAUUUAGCAAUCCUGAUCUAAUUCGAUAUGAAGCAUCAGCUAGUUCAUUGAAUCAACUCAUAGCCGUUCUGCGUCUAGGGUCGAGAAAUGCUAGAUAUAGUGCUGCAAGAGCUCUUCAUGAACUAUUUGACGCUGAGAACAUCAGAGAUUCUGAUUUAGCCAGGCAAUCUGUUCAUCCAUUGGUUGACAUGCUUAACUCUGCAUCAGAGAGCGAGCAAGAGGCUGCCCUUGUUGCGUUACUUAAGUUGACUUCAGGAAAUUCUUCUAAAGCAUCUUUAUUGACUGAUGUGGAGGGAAGUCCACUGGAAAGUUUGUACAAAAUCCUGUCUUGUGCUUCAUCCUUGGAAUUGAAGAGAAUCGCUGCACAACUCUGUUGUGUUCUGUUUGAUAAUUCUGAAGUCAGAGGAAAUCCAAUUGCCUCUGAAUGCAUAGAGCCCCUUGUAUCACUGAUGCAUUCUGAUACAAGUACAGUUGUUGAAGCUGGGGUUUGUGCUUUUGAAAAAUUGCUGGAUGAUGAACACCAGGUGGAGCUUGCAACGGCCUAUGAUGUUGUGGAUCUCCUUGUUGGAUUAGUUUCUGGUACAAGCAAUCAGCUCAUUGAGGCUAGCGUCUGUUCUCUCAUAAAGUUGGGGAAAGACCGGACCCCAUGCAAAUUGGAUAUGGUCAAUGUUGGCAUUAUUGACAAAUGUCUUGAGCUACUACCUGUAGCGCCCAGUUCAUUAUGCUCUUCAAUUGCUGAAUUGUUCCGCAUUUUAACAAAUAGUAAUGCAAUUGCAAGAAGUUUGGAUGCUGCAAAAAUAGUAGAACCUCUUUUCCUAGUUUUACUCCGUCCGGAUUUCAGUUUGUGGGGACAGCACAGUGCAUUGCAAGCACUAGUAAAUAUUUUGGAGAAGCCACAAAGCCUUGCAACUUUAAAACUUACACCUAGCCAAGUCAUCGAGCCUCUUAUUUCAUUUUUGGAAUCCCCAUCUCAAGCCAUCCAGCAGCUUGGCACAGAAUUGCUAUCUCAUCUGCUUGCACAAGAACAUUUUCAGCAAGAUAUUACAACAAAAAAUGCAGUUGUUCCUCUUGUUCAGCUUGCAGGAAUUGGAAUAUUAAACUUGCAGCAGACAGCAAUAAAGGCAUUGGAAAAUAUCUCCACAAGCUGGCCGAAGGCAGUCGCUGAUGCUGGGGGUAUAUUUGAGCUUGGGAAGGUUAUUAUUCAAGAUGACCCUCAGCCACCUCAUGCAUUGUGGGAAUCAGCUGCUUUAGUUCUCUCAAAUGUUCUGCACUUCAAUGCUGAGUACUAUUUUAAGGUUCCUGUGGUGGUUCUUGUUAAAAUGCUGCAUUCAACAGUGGAUACCACCAUCAUGGUGGCUCUCAAUGCAUUACUUGUUCAUGAAAGGAGUGACAAUUUAAGUGCUGAACAGAUGACUGAAGGUGGUGCUAUAGACGCCUUGUUGGACCUUUUAAGAUCUCAUCAGUGUGAAGAAGCAUCUGGAAGAUUACUUGAAGCUUUAUUUAACAAUGUCAGGAUACGACAAAUGAAGGUUUCCAAGUAUGCAAUAGCACCCCUAUCGCAGUAUCUGUUGGAUCCACAAACCAGAUCACAGUCUGGAAAACUUCUUGCUGCUCUAGCUCUUGGAGACCUUUCCCAACAUGAAGGGCUUGCAAGAGCCAGUGAUUCUGUUUCUGCAUGUCGUGCGUUGGUAAGUUUGCUUGAAGAUCAGCCAACAGAAGAGAUGAAAAUGGUGGCAAUUUGUGCAUUGCAGAACUUUGUCAUGAAUAGCAGAACAAAUAGGCGAGCUGUUGCAGAAGCAGGGGGCAUACUGAUUAUUCAAGAACUGCUACUGUCUCCCAAUACAGAAAUCGCUGGGCAGACAGCAUUACUUAUCAAAUUUUUGUUUUCUAAUCACACACUUCAAGAGUAUGUAUCAAAUGAGCUCAUCAGAUCUUUGACAGCCGCAUUAGAGAGAGAGUUGUGGUCCGCGGCAACUAUUAAUGAAGAGGUCUUGAGAGCCUUACAUAUGAUAUUCAUCAACUUCCCAAAGCUCCAUAUUUCUGAAGCAACCACUCUCUGCAUUCCCAAUCUGAUUGGAGCUCUGAAAUCUGGAAGUGAAGCAGCUCAGGAUGUCGUCUUGGACACCCUUUGCUUGUUGAGACAUUCUUGGUCAACCAUGCCAAUAGAUGUUGCGAAGUCUCAGGCUGUGAUUGCUGCUGAAGCCAUUCCCAUCCUACAAAUGCUCAUGAAAACCUGCCCACCAAGUUUCCAUGAGAGAGCAGACAGCCUGUUGCAUUGCUUACCAGGUUGUUUGACAGUCACAAUUAAGCGUGGGAACAACCUUAAACAGGCCAUGGGAGGCACAAAUGCUUUUUGUCGAUUGACAAUAGGCAAUGGUCCUCCUCGACAAACCAAGGUAGUGAGCCACAGUACCUCUCCAGAAUGGAAAGAAGGCUUUACGUGGGAAUUUGACGUUCCCCCAAAGGGACAAAAACUCCACAUCAUUUGCAAAAGCAAAAAUACCUUUGGAAAGACAACUCUGGGAAGAGUGACUAUCCAAAUUGACAAAGUUGUGAGUGAAGGAGUAUACAGUGGAUUAUUCAGCCUAAAUCAUGACAGCAACAAAGAUGGAUCUUCCCGUACACUUGAAAUCGAGAUUAUCUGGUCCAACAGAAUGUCCGACGAAGAAACAUGAAUGCAUCCUAAGGUCAGGUGCAGCAAUCUCCCCAUGAAGCUGAGAAUGCCAGAUUAAGUAUCAAAAUGGGGGUGAGGUUGGUCUGCUUGUAAUUAAUUUUAUGUUUUGAAGGUCCAGUUUUGUAGCAUGAAAGAUUAAGCUGCUUGAGGAAAGUGUAAAUUACAUUUAUUAGCUUGCGGAUACAAUAGAGUGAAAAUGCGUUCCCACUUUAUAAGGGAAUUUAAAAGCUCAAUAGAAGUUUGUACAGGUCGGUCAGUCAGUCUGUAGAUGCUAUAGCAAUCCGAAGAUGCUGAAAAGAUUGGCGUUUGAAAUUCUUGCAAAGUUGGAAUAGCUUUUUGUUGUACAGGUGUUGUGUUUCCGUUAUAAGAUUAACAAUAAAAUCCUUAAUUGUUUCCUCUAA